AUGGCUACUGUUUUGACGAGGUUGCUGAAGAGAGAGACCAUCACCGGCAUCAGCCACACCUCCAGGAAGCUCUUCUCCACAAUUGAAGCUCCAUCUUUCGCUGAGAGGCUAAGAAACCUCCCCAAAGAUUUCCCCGCCACUAACGCCAAACGCGAUGCCUCUCUGCUCAUCGGACGAACUCCGCUCGUCUUCCUCAACAGAGUAACCGAAGGCUGCGAAGCUUAUAUCGCUGCUAAGCAAGAGCAUUUCCAACCAACCUGUAGCGUCAAAGACAGACCUGCUUUAGCCAUGGUUGCAGAUGCUGAGAAGAGAAAACUCAUCACCCCUGGAAAAACUGUGUUGAUAGAGCCAACUUCAGGAAACAUGGGAAUAAGUUUGGCUUUCAUGGCGGCUAUGAAAGGGUACAGAAUCAUAAUGACAAUGCCUUCUUACACCAGCUUGGAGAGGAGAGUGACGAUGAGAUCCUUUGGAGCAGAACUUGUGUUGACUGAUCCGGCUAAAGGAAUGGGUGGAACAGUUAAGAAAGCUUAUGAGCUUCUUGAGAACACUCCUGAUGCUCAUAUGUUGCAGCAGUUUGCUAAUCCAGCAAACACUCAGAUUCAUUUUGAUACGACUGGUCCUGAGAUUUGGGAAGAUACGCUUGGGAAUGUUGAUAUCUUUGUGAUGGGGAUUGGCAGUGGAGGCACUGUCUCUGGUGUUGGCCAAUACCUUAAGUCUAAAAACCCCAAUGUCAAGAUAUAUGGAGUUGAGCCUGCUGAAAGCAACAUACUCAACGGUGGCAAACCAGGUCCACACGCUAUCACAGGCAAUGGGGUUGGGUUUAAGCCAGAUAUAUUGGAUAUGGAUGUUAUGGAGAGCGUUCUUGAGGUUAGUAGUGAGGAUGCUAUAAAGAUGGCUAGGGAAUUGGCAUUGAAAGAAGGUCUCAUGGUUGGGAUAUCGUCUGGGGCUAACACUGUGGCAGCACUUAGACUUGGCAAAAUGCCGGAGAACAAAGGCAAACUCAUUGUGACGAUUCAUGCAAGCUUUGGAGAGAGAUAUCUCUCGUCUGUUCUGUUUGAUGAGCUGAGGAAAGAAGCAGAAGAGAUGAAGCCAGUUUCAGUGGACUGA